GCAGCCGCCAGGAGGGACCGGAGCAGCUAGCAGGAGCCACUGACGAUGUCUGAGCUGGAGAAGGCCAUGGUGGCCCUCAUUGAUGUUUUCCAUCAGUAUUCCGGAAGGGAGGGUGAUAAGCACAAGCUGAAGAAAUCCGAACUCAAGGAGCUCAUCAACAAUGAGCUCUCCCAUUUUUUAGAGGAAAUCAAAGAGCAGGAGGUCGUGGAUAAAGUCAUGGAAACUCUGGACAGUGAUGGAGACGGCGAAUGUGACUUCCAGGAAUUUAUGGCCUUCGUUGCCAUGGUUACCACCGCCUGCCAUGAGUUCUUUGAACACGAGUGAGACAGCGAAAGCAGCUACUGUGUUCAGUGGCUGUUGAGGGUCACACAAGCAGAGAGCGAGGGCUUGCAGGCUAGUAGGAGCUGAGCUUUCCAGCUAUGUUGUAGCUAAUUAGGAAGCUUGAUUUGCUUUGUCAGUGAAAAAUCGACGACCUCUUUCCCAGGGCUGAUUUCAACGGCCCCAUCAUUCUUUCUGCUCUGUUAGCUGACGGGUCCGCGGGACUCUUGCGAUAACCAUUAAGGAGAGCGUGUGCUCAACCCGCAGUCAUGGCUGUGGAGAAUCCUCACCCAGAACGACCAAACUGACACCAAAAAUGGCUCCGAACAUCUGUGGUUCCUUAAGUCAAAAAUACAAAGCUUUGCCCACCAUCCUUUGAAAGGCUGCCCUUCCUUAAAUUGGUUUAUCAUCCGUGCAAAUGAAACCUAGGGUCGUGAGGUGGUCUGACAUGCCGCCGGCUACCCAGAGAGCGCGGUCACGCUCCGGUCCCUUUCCCCGUGGUGAGCUGUGGGUGCUGGGCAGACAGCCCUUGCUCACAGUGCUGCAGGAAGAAUGUGACUCACCAACCAUCAAGUACUGACGUGUUAAUUCUAACCAGGACUGAGGAUCAAAAUUCCGCAUUCUGUGGGACUCUUCUGCUCGGGUCUCACCUUGCUGGCUGUGUGGCCUGGAGGGGGAGGGGGCACAGCCCCAUGCCCGUGGCCUCCUCUGCCGUCUGGGAAAUGCCCUGGCCCUCAUGCGUUUGUGUUGAGACGGGGCCUGCCCACGGCAGUUGGUGAAGUCAGCGUACGUGGAAAGCUGAACUAUGUGCUUUGGUAUCCACGAAUUCAAAUAAAUCAAAUUUCAAAUAAUUCAAAUAAUCAACUUAUAAAUAUUAACAGUUACUUCCCAGAAAAUUCAAAUUAACCUUAUCUACCCCCUUUUUCUGCUGCUUUUUUUAAGUGCACAGAUUUGGAAAUUCAUAAGCCAAUUGAUUGCUUAUAUUUGCAUUAAAUAA